AUGGCAGCGCUACAUGCAGCACUUCGAUCGCUAGAGCCGGUUUCAAUCGACGAUAUUCCCACCGAAAAUGCUGAUCUUUACACAUAUCUACGAGACCUGCUCGUGCAAGCCCGGCUGAUCGUCGAAUCCGUCCCAGAGCCUCCCUCUCUCGCUCCCACCGGAUCUACCACUGCUGACAACCCCUCGAACCAGUCAAGUCGAGCGGCCAGCCAGAAUGGUUCGAAAAUCUCUGCAUCUCGGUCCACGCCUGCACUUGACUCGGGGGAUAUACACGCCUUGCAGAAAGAGUGGGGCCGGCCUUUCAACAAAGUCGACAAUGUGAAGGAGAACCCGAUGCGUAUCCCCGUUUAUAAACUGAGGAGCAAAGAUGGGAAAGGAGCGUGGUUUGCUCGGAGAAGCGUGCACGCCGGGACCCUUUCAUACAGUCGGUUCAAGGACAAACUUCAAAACGAGCUGGCCGAGACGAUGAAGCUUCGAGAGGAAACAGGAGAAGGAGUGAGUAUUAGGGGAGUUGGAAGUGAAAGACGCCUAGAACAGCUGGCUAUCCCACUGCAUUCAGCUCGUGCUGAUACGGACAGUGGUCAUGGAGAUGAGCUGGCAGUUGUUGAAGUACAUCAUUUAUCUGCUCAUUUCCCUGGCCCUUCAACCUCUAGAGAUUUUGUUACAUUGCUAGUCUCUUCGGACAAAACAAUGGAUGUUUCCAGCACCGCUGAAGAUGGAAAAACUGCCGAGACUCCUGAUUUGCCGAGAAACUUUGUGAUCAUAUCAAAACCGUGCAAGCACCCUGAUGCUCCCAUACGCAAAGGCUUUAUCAGAGGCCAAUAUGAAUCUGUUGAAAUGAUCAGGGAGUUGCCUGCCUCGGCAGUAGGGAAUUCCAUUGGCGGUUCGGAAAACGAGGAAAAUGCGAACCCUGUUGAAUGGAUCAUGAUCACGAGAAGUGACCCAGGAGGAAAUAUUCCAAGAUGGAUGGUGGAGAAAGGCACUGUUCCUAGCAUCAUCGCGGAUGCGAAAAAGUUCAUAGACUGGGCAACCCGGGAUGAACAAGAAAUCAACGAGGGAGAGGAGGGCUCAUCGGCACCGCAGUCGCGGCACGACUCUGGGAAUUCUGAAGAAAAGCCUCAACCAUUAGAAUCAGUGGGCCGAAAUGAAGUAGAGAAGCUUGUCCCGGAACCGGCCACCAUCGAAACUAGGCGGGAUUCUGGCUAUAAAGACAGCCGUGAUGAAACGAAUGCGGGACAAUUUAACAGGGCCGGCCUCGCUGCAGGAAUAAUGGAAACCGUUUCUUCAACCCUUGAAUCCGUCGCACCAAAAGGACUCUUCGACUACCUUGAUCUACCAACCAAUCCAAAGCAAUCAGCCGAUGAAAUAAGCGAAAACGGUAAUGAAAAUGAGACAGAGGACCGCAGUAUCGAUGCUGCUAGAGAGGGUGCUGCUGCACAGAGGGAUUCUCCUGUUUCCUCUAUCGCAUCGUUCACCAGCGCCGACUCAUGUCCAAGAAGCGUGCAGCAAGAGGUCGGGGAGCAAAGCCAGCUAUACGAUGAAAAUAACUCGUUGAAGUCGGCCGGAUUUAGGAAUGACCAAGGACUUGAAGUGCCGGGCGUGAAGGGAGCAAGCAGCGCUAGUAGUAGUGUCCGUUCACUCAAGCAAGAUCUGCUUCCGUCGAGCUUCUGUGACAAAGAUCUUGCCAAACUCGCUAUCCGCAAAGCUAAGGUGGUGAACGAACUCGAAAUCAACAAUGAGCAACGCAACAAGUUAAUGAAUCAGCUAUCACAUCCACUCGCUUCAGAUGUCAGCGCAAGUGACGCAGACCAAGAAACACCCCCUCCCGCAAGUGCAGCCAAGAAAGCAACAGCAUCACAUAAAAAAGAUUUAGCAGCAUUGAAACGCAAGGAGGCCAAAUUAACUUCUCGACUCCAAAAGAUUGAAUCACAGCAACAGAAAGUCCAAGCAAAGGCUGAGUCGAAACGCAGGAAAGAAUCAGAGAAGGCUGAAAUGGGCAAAUUGAAAGCCGAACUGGAAUCACUGAAGGAAGAAAAGGAGCAGAUGAGAGUCGAGAUUGAUGGGCUGCGGCAAGAGAGGAGUCACUGGCUGAGCAUAGUAGGAAGGCUGCAACAGGAGAAUACUAAACUCGCUACGCAGCUACCACAAGACAGAAGUCAAUAG